AUGGUAGAAAUUUCAAUCACGUGUAAUGAAAUGAUAGAGUUAUUUGGUCUUGAACCGUAUCGUGAACGUGAAGUGCAACACCUUAGUGGUGGCAACAAACGAAAGGUGAGCGCUGCUGUAGCAUUCAUGGCUAAUCCAUCAUUGAUCUUUUUGGAUGAACUAACCACGGGUUUGAAUGCUGGUGCAAAACGUAAACUAUGGAGUGUGAUUCGAGCUGCUCGCGACGCAGGCUUGAUAAUAAUCAUGACAAGUCACAGUAUGGAAGAAUGUGAAGCACUGUGUACAAAAAUCGGCAUUAUGAAAUCGGGUCAAUUUAUUUGUCUUGGUAAUCUUCAACAUUUAAAGAAUCGUUUUGGUAAAGGCUAUGCAGUACAAUUCAAAGUAUCUCAUGAAAAAGUGAAAGAAUUUCAACAGGAACUUACUAGAAUUCUGCCAGGAAUCGAAAUCGAAGAUGAACAAAAUGGUGUUCUUUUUUGUAAUGUACCAUUUUCAUCGUCGCCAUCAAACAAUAUACAAAGUGCACCAUAUUCAUCUAAUUUAUCCCUUGUAUUUGAAGUACUCAAUGCAAAAAAAGAACAAAACGUUAUUGAGAAUUACUCAGUUACUCAAACAACACUUGAACAAAUUUUUGUUCGUCUAGCCGGUCAUGAUAUAAAUGAUGAUGAUAGUUUAACUGAGAUUGCUUCUCUUUCAUCUCAAACCAAUUUGAACACUGAUGCCAUCAAUCAAGGUAUGUAUUAUUUACUGUAUCUCAUGUGA